GAUGAAGAAACACGUAAAGAUUAUGACUACAUGUUGGAUCAUCCAGAAGAGUAUUACAGGCAUUAUUAUCACUACUACAGCAGGAGACUAGCACCUAAAGUGGAUGUCAGAAUAGUGAUUCUGGUUACUGUGUGUGCCAUCUCCAUGUUUCAGUUCUUCAGCUGGUGGAGUAGUUACAAUGAAGCUAUCAACUAUCUAGCUACUGUGCCAAAAUACCGUAUACAAGCUACUGAGAUUGCCAGGCAACAAGGUUUACUCAACAAGACUAAAGAAAAAGGCAAGAACAGGCGGUCUAAGGAAGAAAUUCGUGAAGAAGAGGAAGAAAUCAUCAAAGAUAUUAUUAAAAAUAAAAUAGAUAUAAAAGGCGGUUAUCAGAAGCCCAAGAUAUAUGAUAUCCUUCUAUUUCAGAUCCUUCUUGCUCCUUUCUACUUGUGCAAAUACAUCGUUUGGUACUGUUGGUGGAUUUAUUGUUUCACUAUUAAAGGGCAGGAGUACGGUGUGGAAGAGAAGCUGUAUAUCAUACGAAGGUACAUGAAAAUGUCUCAGUCUCAGUUUGACAGCCUAGAAGAUCAUCAGAAAGAGAUCUUUCUUGAGCGGCAGCUGUGGAUACGAGAAAACUAUGAGGUCUAUAAACGAGAACAAGAGGAGGAGUUAAAGAAGAAGAUGGCCAUGGAUCCCCGAUGGAAGAGAUAUCGGCGGUGGAUGAAGAAUGAAGGACCCGGAAGACUGACUUUCAUUGAUGAUUGAAAGUUGCUGAAUGAAAUGUGUGCUAAUGUUGAAAGUCAUUUGCAAAACUGUUCACUACAUCAUUCAGAGUUUUGUCUGUUGUGGCUCGUCAGUGGUCUAAAACUCAGGAAUUAUUAAAUCAGGCCGAAAAAUAAUACAGGUUUACCACUUUUAUAAAUCAGACCUAUUAAACAGUCCCAGCUCAAUGUAUAUAUGCCAUUUACUUGGGGAUCUCAGUGUGGAAUUUAUUAUUCCACACAAUGUAUUUUCUCUACAUAUUUCAUGUUCAUGAUCAAUGGAACCAUAAUUUUAGUCUUUCUGAAAAUGUUUCUAGGUCAGUCCUUGAAAGUCUUGUUUUUCCUUUUUAAACUGAAGGGUUCCUGCAAAUGGAUGCUGGAAAUGCUUAUAAAGGAUUCUGAAACAAGAGCUGUUUUCAGUUUUCCUUUCUUUCCCCCCUACUUUUCAAUCUAAUUUCUAAGAUGCCAAAUUUUUUUAUGAUGUAGACAAUAUGGGGAUUAUACUGGACUGCUUCUUUUGCUAUUCAUGGUGCAGUUGGAAAUGAAUUUUUUUUUUGUGGGUAUAAAUGAUGCAUGACUGA